UGGCGUCCCAAUGCUUGUUUUCCUUACAUAGGUCUAAAGAGACAUCAGCUCCUUGCUUCCGUGAAGAAAGGAUAUCCUUGUAGUAAAGAGAAGCAUAGUUGCACAGAUCAGACAAUUCUUUGGCUUUCGGAGCAUCGACGCAUGAGUUCACUCAUAGGAGGGGAAGAGCGAGAUGGAAGAAGUCUUUGAAAGGAUUCUUUCGUCAUCCUAUCAUAAACAGAUAUCCCUUUGAUCCGUAGGCGCUCAGCCCAUCGUUCAAAAUUCUUCUGUUGGAGUUCAUCCCACUCUGUUACCAGCAAUGCUCUUUUUUUACCCCAGACCAAUCAUGUGUGAAAACUGCUGAGGGCAAAUUGACUAACGGGUUGGGCAGCGAGAUGAGCCUAGCAGCGCCUAAGGCAACCUCCUCUCUCUUUUCCUCCUCUCUCUUUUCCUCCUCCUCCUCCUCCUCCUCCUCCUCCUCCUCCUCCUCCUCUUCUUGUGUGAAAACUGCUGAGGGCAAAUUGUGUAACGGGUUGAGCAGCGAGAUGAGCCUAGCAGCUCCCACGCCGUCGGAUUUCCAAUCUCGUUAUGCGGAUAACGACCCACGGAAGGGUUGCGAUAUUCUGAUUGAGGCCUUGGAGAGGGAGGGGGUGCGCCAUGUGUUCGCGUAUCCGGGCGGCUCUUCGAUCGAGAUUCAUCAAGCGCUGAUCCGAUCCAAGUCAAUCAAGAACGYUCUGUGCCGUCACGAGCAAGGGGAGGUGUUYGCYGCYRAGGGCUAUGCGAAAGCCUCAGGUCGGGUUGGUGUGUGCAUAGYGACAUCUKGGCCAGGUGCGACGAAUCUCAUCACCGGAGUGCACGAUGCCAUGAUGGACAGCGUCCCSCUCGUUGCGAUCACUGGMCAAGUCCCRCGUGACAAGAUCGGGACCAACGCGUUCCAGGAGACCCCGAUCGUCGAGGUAACGAGACCGAUCACCAAGSGUAAUUACCUSGUGAUGAGCGURGACGAGAUUCCAAGAGUAAUUAGGGAGGCGUUCUUCUUGGCWGCCUCGGGAAGGCCAGGACCCGUGCUUGUCGACAUUCCCAAGGACAUUCAACAAGCGCUGAGCGUACCUGAUUGGUCGCCGCGGAUGCGCUUGCAGAACUACGUGGAGCGACUGCCACGUGUCCCAUCCACAGAUCAACUAGAUCAGAUCGUACGGCUGCUGCAGAGCUCAAAGAGGCCGGUACUUUACGUGGGACGAGGGUGUGUGAAUGCAUCGGAGGAACUCAGGGAGUUCGUCACAAGGACGGGGGUCCCCGUUGCGCACACGUUGAUGGGUCACGGCGAAGAGAUAGAGGUUAGAAGACCGGAAAGGCGAGAGGAGGAGAUGGUGAAGCAGAUAGAAGUCCCGAAGGCGGCAGUGGAGAAGUUACAAAGUAAUAAUCAAAGGAAGGAGAAGACUCCGACUCGGACUGCUCCCCGAAUGGAGAAUCGCGUGGACCCUAGUCCGAAGCGGACUUGGAAUAGUAAAGCCUGUAUGUACUGUGGAGAUGAGGACCACCAAAAGAGAGACUGCCACGCAAUGAUGGACGCCCUGAAGGAGGGUAUCAUCGAGUUAGAUGAUCGGAAAUAUGUGAUGUGGGCGGAUGAAGGGAAGCCUGUGCCCUUCCUACCUUCGAUAAAAAUUAAUGUGGAUAUCAGGAGGCGAAGGAUGAAUGAAGCAAAGGGGAAACAAGCGCAAGAGCCGACGGCGGCGAAGGUUUCUCGAGUAACGUUUGAGGAGGACCUUGAUGAGCUAUCGGAGAGUCCUGGGAUGAGAAUCUCGUCCAUUAAGUUUGAGGAGACAGAGAAUAACGACGAAGUUUACGUUUGCACUCAGGGUGUUGGCGAGUCGAGCGAAGGAAAGAAAGAAGACCAAGACCAACCGAUGACAGACGAAAAAGUGGAGUCGCCUAAGUCACCUCAGUCCCCUAGAAAAAAAGGGGCCAAGAAGUUCCACUUGAAAAACUCGCUGGAUGAGGUAGACUUAAGGGAACCGCUAAGAAGGGUCAUGGACAUGCCCAUUCCUAUUACCCUGAAAGAGUUCAUAGCCAGUUGUGGACCGCCGCGGGAUGAGCUAAUAGGGAUGAUAAAAAAGGCGAAGGUGCCGCUGUCAGAGGCUGUGACUUCGAGCGAGCCGAAGAUAGAAACAAAGACCUCUGUCCUGUCCACUGAAAAAUGAGAGGUGGCUUGUGUAGAGGCCAAUGAAGGUGGAGGCGACUACUUUUAUGUCCUCUGUAGUGGGAAGUUGAACGCCACCGUGAAUGGGAUGAGAAUGGAAGCUAUAGUGGACGACGGGUCUGAGUCUACCGUCUGUGAGGAUAAAGUGGCUCGAAAGCU